AUGUUUCUGUCACAGGUCCUGACGCCUGCUACACAUCUACUAUCCUGUUACUACAGUGUCAUAGUGCGACUGGACCUGCGAGGCAUUGGGACAGAUGGCGGUGACGAGACGGUGGUGGUUCUGUUCUACUGCUACCAAGGCCUCGGUGCAGAGGGCGCUGCAGAGUUGGCCGAAGAGACGGGGCCACAGAGUGUUAGCAAACCCUUCGAUGCCUCGUGUUUGUCAGAAACUUACGUGCUCGACAGCAGCUUCGACCCAGCUGCUUUCGUGGCAGAUGUCAAGGAAGCGAAGGCAGCAGUGGGAGAGGCCACAGAAGAAGACGCGCGACACUUGCAAGGUUUGGUGCUGACCUCGCAGGUUCUGCUCUAUGGUGGUCAUGCGCUGCUGCUGGUGGGUGCAGCUCUUCCACACUUCUCCUGGCCUGUUCUGGCUCUAGGUGCCCUGAUGAUUUCCUUCGCCCGUUGCAUGAAGUGGACCAUCAUCGGUCAUCACGUUUCGCAUGGAGGCUUCGACAAGCUUCAGAAAACGCAUCCCAACGCCUUGCCGUCGCACUACAAGCGUGGUGUUUUUGCGAUUGGUAUCCGCCGCUUUAUCGAUUGGAUGGACUGGAUGAUGCCACAGGAUGUGGAGCACAACAAGGCUCAUCACUACUACCUGUCGGAGGAGAAGGAUCCAGACCUUGUCGAGCACAAUUUCGAGAUUCUCCGGAACAUGCCGCUUCCAUCGGCCCUGAAGUACGUUUCGAUGAUCAUGUGGGUCUUCACCUGGAAGUUCACUUACUACUCUCCCAACACGUUCAAGGAGCUGAUGAACUCGAAGCGAGAAAGCUGGCUGGCAAAAAACUGGCCAGCUGAUGACAAGAAGACUGAUCCGGUUGUUGUCUUCGACUGGGUCAAGCGACCACUUCAGGCACUGGCAUGCGGAAAUGUCAAGAAAGCAGUCUUCUGGAUGGUCUUCUUUUUUCAGUGGUUUGGCGUGAUUUUGCCCAUGAUGGCCACAGUGGCCCUUCCAGCAGUGUGGCCGCUACUUCUUGGCCAAGCCGGACUCUGGCCUAGCUCUAUCACCCCGAACCAGGCCGCUCUGCGGGUGUUGAUGACAUCCGUGGUGGCCGACCUAUUUUCCAACGCGCAUUCCUUUGUCAUAAUUGCCUGCAACCACUCCGGUGGCGACCUGUAUCGCUACUCCACAUCUUGCAAGGCUUACUCUGCAGAGUUUCUCUUGCGGUGCACCUACUCCUCCGCCAACUUUGAGACUGGCAACGACUUGAUUGAUACGGUCUACGGCUGGCUCAACUAUCAGGUGGAACAUCACAUGUUCCCAGAUAUGACUCCGCUCCAGUACCGGAAGCUCCAGCCACUUGUGAAAAGCAUAUGCAAGAAACACAACGUCCAAUAUGUGCAAAUGAACGCACUGCGACGCACGUGGAUGAUGUUUCAGGUGGCAGUCGGAGAUGCAGAGAUGAAACGAUGCACAGCCUUGGUCCCUCCUCAGGCCUACAAGGACCCUGUGGGGGCUGAGGGACUCCAGUCCACCGUCAUGGGCGGCUGA